AUGUACAAGGCCGUCAUCCUGCCGACGCUACUGUAUGGAGCGGAGACUUUGACGGUGUACACAAAGCAGGCACACCGUCUGAACCACUUCCACCUCAGUUGUCUUCGUCGCAUCCUGGGGCUGGACUGGCAGGAUCGAAUCCCCGACACUGAUGUGCUGGAACGGACGGGAAUCGUCAGCAUCUACACCAUGCUGAGACAAAUGCAGCUGCACAGGAGCGGCCACCUGGUGCGCAUGGAUGACGAGCGACUACCCAAACGACUCUUCUACGGUGAUGUCGCGACGGGCUCUCGCCGCCAAGGAGGCCAAAUUCGCCGUUACAAGGAUACCCUGAAGUCCUCCCUUAAACAUCUGCAAAUUAACCCGACCAACUGGGAAGAGCUCGCCCUCGACCGACCGACCUGGAGGAGGAAAGUGAAGACAGGCGCCGUGAUCUAUGAGGCCAACAGCAUCGCCGCUACCAAAGUGAAACGCGAGACACGCAAAUCACAGCUACGCCCCGUCCGCAACGCCGACACACAUCCGCUUGCAACGUGUCCUCGAUGUCAACGGACAUUCCGGGCACGAAUUGGACUCAUUGGACACCUUCGGACCAACUGCACCUCCUAUACCGCACCAACCGCCGCCCCUACGCCCGCAUCUGCCUCGUCCUCUCCGCCGCCAACUAACUCUGACAUUUCUUCUGAACCACCACUUCCAUCCUCCUCUCCUUCCUCCUCCUCCACCACCGCCCCAACGGCGGCCGUCUCGCACAUCACCAAACGCGACACAACAACCGACACCAUCCCUCCAACCUCCGACUCCAGGGGUGAGGAUCAGGACUACACCUGCCCUUACUGCGACCGCACCUUCACCUCACACAUCGGCCUGGUCGGUCAUUUGCGAAUCCAUCUCACAGAGGCAGGCGAACCAGUGCCUGGAGCACCAAUUUACACCCACCGCACUCGACUCCACUGCCCACACUGCCCUCGCACAUUCACGCAUCGCAUGGGUCUAUUCGGCCACAUGCGCACUCACGAGAGCGUAAUUGACCACAAUUCCUACACACCCACCACAUCCAACACAUUCACCAUGUCCAGCACCACCCUCGCUCCAUCGCCAUACGCGCCCAUCACCACCACCUCCACCACCAACACCACUGCUUCCUCUGCAACUGACACCGACACCGCCGACCUCUCAUGCCCACACUGCCAACGCACGUUCACCUAA